AUCGACCAGGCGUGGAACCCUCGUCCUUUCUCCUCCCCGUCGAGAAGCCACAACUCAGUCGACCAUGUAGACACCAAUCGAUAUGGCCCCACGUCAUUGAUCAUUACCUAGCUGAUCAAACCGACUACUUGACGAAGUCACCACAAGGCCAAACCCUGCAACAGUGAGCAGACGGAAUUGCAUGUGUAUUCCCUACUUUUGUCAUGUGGUAGUAUUUUUUUCCUUCAGCUUUACUUUUUCAUGCCUGGUUAAUUCAACUCCUGCGCUUUACUUUGUUGACGAGUUAACCAUUCACCAGUUUUCCCAGGCAAUAUGUACACGAUGCGAAGUAACAGUAUUAGUGAAGCAGGCAGCGCGUUAUCAUAAUGCUCUUCAUAUUGAUAAAUGAUACAUCAAUGCGGCAGUUGUCGAAUCGCCCCGGGCUGGCUCGGUAUGAAUAGUUAUUAUUUUAUUCAUUUAUUCAACAAGCUCGACUCAUCGUAACAGCACUUGUAAAGCACGCAGCAUGUGUACACUUGGAGAGAGAUAAUCGACUCGCUCUACAUGGUUUUCAGUUAAAAGUGCAGGAUUCAGUAACUUAUCCAAACUCCGUAUGAGGAUCAUCAUUAAUUUCUUCUUCUUCUCCGAUGUUAGAGGAUAGUUGAGAUAAAGCAACUUAGCUGUAGGAGCUUACCUUCAUUUAAGGAAAAAGCCAUACAUCCUCGUUUCGAUUUAUUAGACUUUGGAAAGUGAUUUUAAAACCCCUGGAUUUUUGUCUUCAGCAAGUUUUAUCGUCCAGUUACAUUUGUUGAUAUCUGUUGCGUUAACUCGAGAUACAAUACACUAAGGUGUACUAAACGAACAUUAGCUGAGGCAAAAAAAAGAUUUAAUGUUCAUUUGGAGCAGUUUCGACAUCUAGUUAUAAACCAAACAUGAACACGGUUGGACCAGCUUGAAGAUUGCAGCGUAAGAAAGAGAGAAAAGCAAGAGAACAUCCCAACAUUUUAGCGGUGUUGAUCUAAGCUCUUUUAACUGUGCGACAGAGUACUCACCUUCCUUUUCAUCUUUCAAAAACAAUAACAACCGCGUUCCCAUACUUCUUUUUGGUAUCAUUGAAGUGGACAAAAAGUACCUUGGAAACAUUAAACAUGCGUGCAUGUGCAUGAUAAUGGAAGCCUAAGGAAUUGGACCAAUAUUGGACAGGCAAUCUACCCCUGUGGUCGUUUUAUUGAUUAUGUUGUGUUUAGGUUUUCAAACGAGGUAAUGGUGAAGACAUGUACCACAUAACAACCCUCUUCGUAAAGUACUUGAUGCCUCAAGGCCCGUCUGACGGUUUUUUUUAUCCAUGAUUUAACGUCAUUGUAUAGGGAUUCACCAUCAGACUGACAAUUCGAAAGUGGAAGGAGAGAAAGUAGAACCCGAGCGAAGCCAUUUAGCCACCUGAAUGUUGUGUUAGCCUUCGUUAUGUUCAGUGUAUAAAUUAUGCAUUGAAUGCGCUGUUAGCACAGGAAGCAAAAGCAGCCAACGAGUUAUUCUGAUCAUCAUAACCUGACUUGCAAGAUCAAUCUUGUCUUAAUUGCGGAGGCGGUCAGCCGAGUGUUUUUAAAGUCUAGGGGAUGACGAUAUAAUUUCGUGUCUGUUGAUGACCAUGAUCCUUCAUUCUUCAUAUCACGUAUAAACCUUGAUAAAAUCAAAAUGCAGUUAGUAGUGAGAUGCACGUAGAUAACACCGGGACACCUGUGCUGAUUCGCUUAUCACCCAAGAAACGAAGCCUGUGACAUCUUAAGAUCAUUCUUGCUUUAUGGUAUUUCGUCUUCAAGAAUUAUAUUUCAAGAUGGAAAUGUUGAUGUCAUUAAUCACCGUAGUCUCCAUCUUAUCAAUGGUCCCUGCCUCUGAAUCUGCGUGUGUGUACCUCCAAGGCACUUUAUCAUGUCUGGAUUUCAACUGCAGCAUGUCGUGGGAUGCCGUUGCUAACACCGAACCAGGUAGUCAGGUGAUCUACUCGCUCCACUAUGCUAAAAAAUUCACUGCUCAUGACGUUGUACAGCAUUGGGAGCCGAUAGAAGAAUGUGCCAACGUGUCCACUACUUCCUGUAGCGUGAGGGCGCUGUUCAAAGACGAUGAUGAUUUCAGAGGAUUCAAAAGAUUCCGUAUUGACUAUAUCACUAAUGGCACGGAGAAGUGUCGAGGCAGAAAAUUUCAAAGAGAUCCACUCAAAUCAGUGAUAUUGAGUGCCCCGCCAAUCACUCACAUGGAGGUGACGUCUGAAGAGCUUUCUUUCCGACUGAUAUACCCAACGGACAACCACUAUCCCGGGCUCGAUCUACAGCUCCUCAGGCAAUUCGUCAAUCAUAAAUACCAAGUCAGCGUCAGGGAAUUCGACACCAACAUCACAAUACGGAACUACGCCAUAAAGCACGAUCUGUCUAGGAUACAGAGGAUAUACGACCUUGUCCCUGCAACUCGUUACAUCAUCCGAGUAAGAUCUGCCGUCUAUCCCCCCACCGUCUGGGGUCCUGCUACAUCCAAGGAGCUUGUACGAACACUCGAAAAACCUCCGUCGAUGGGACCAAGUGAUCUGGAGCUCGUUGACAGUGAUUUUUCAUGCGCUGAACCUGACCAAAGAGGGAUUGUGAUUAAGUGGAAGGCUGUAGAUGAAGAGCAUUGGAAUGGAGAUCUACUCUUCUACGAGGUGCGGGCUAUACUAUGGGAAUCCCGAGAUAUCUUUAUCAGCAGCACUAUAAAUACAUCAUCCACUACGGUGUCUUUGAAAGGUCUGAGUAGAUGGGAAGAUUACGAUGUGGUGGUUUUUGCAAACAAUUCUGCUGGAGGAACGAGGAACAUCGUCCCUCUGCAGUUGAAAAGGCAUAUUGUCGACGAGCGAGGAUCUCAACCCCGCUUAGUCUCCGUCUCUGCAGACCAAGAUGAUAAGACCGUCAUAGAGUGGCAGCCUCCUACGCACUACCCAGACUGCAUCAUGGGAUAUCGUAUCACGUGGACUGAUGACCAGGAAAGGGAAUAUCACGUGAUCGAAUCGGAGAACACCUGGUUGGAUGUUGAAGGUCACGUGAUGAAAGUUCAAGUGACGCCAUUAUUGAGGAAGGAUUAUGGGAUGAACCAGAACGGAAUAGCUCUGAUUUAUUCAAACGAUAUCCAUCAAAGCGGUUCUGGUUUCAAUCUAUGGUUUCUUCUUCUUGUCGGAGUGGUGGUUCUCAUUCUGGUCGUCACUGUCCUCCUCAUAGCUAAAUGGAAGUACAUCAAAUUGCGAUGGCUGAAGCCCCAAUUCAAGGAUAGCUUCAAUCUUGAACACAACAAAGUCUUGAAACCAGCUUUUGAUCGUCAGGUGUCGUAUGAGCCAUGUCUUCGCCAUGAGAAGGAGAUCUUUGAUGCCCCCUCACCAGGUGUUCACAGCCCACAUGAACUUCCGCCCUGGAGUCCUAGCUUCGUCCCAAGCCCAAGAUACGAACAUGAGAUUCCUUUGAUGACGUCAUUACUUCAACAAGGCUUGACCAUGGUCGAUGAUAUCGAUGAAAUUGACCUCGCUCAGGUGACGCAUGAUUACUUAGCGGAAGGUAAUUCUAACUCCAAACAUCCGGGUAGUGAGAUCAGCUCCAAGUCGGAUUCUGCUAUUGAUACCAUGUCCUCUAGUGAUGUUGAGGACGGGGAUAUUUCACCACCGUUGUCAUCGUCUGGCGAUAUGUACAUAGCUCACGACAAUCUACAGGAACAUCUGCAAGCUAAUGAUCCUAUCAACGAUUAUACCCAGACUGGUGUAAGCGGAUACGUUCCUCUCAGUUCCUAUCUAGAUUCGCCAACCGGAAGUGAUAGGAAGGUUGCAAGCAACUCUCAUGAUGCGUCUUCGUCUGAUGAUUACGUUACAGAGAACAUUGGUAAUUAUACAGUGGCAGGAGUAAGUGAUAGUCCCUCGUUGCACGAUUCACCAACAUCCUUUGGCGACAGCGUUAAGAAGGACAAUGCAGGUUUCGAUCAAACCUCAGGUGUGCCACAGAACAAGCAUGAACCAGGAGACAAAAGGAAAGUUCCUUGCCACCCGUCUGGUUUUCCUGGAAAAGCGCAGAAAUGCGUGUCUCCUUACGUACCCCACUCUGAAGUCAUGCAGUCCUCGUCGUCGUGCUCUGACAGAAGUGGUGAAGACAUUGCUCACUACUCCAAGCAGACCAUAGCUCCAAACCACCCCAUAAACAAUCAAAAGCAAACACAUCCGGAUCAAGGAAACGCACUAAAAUAUGACAAACAAGACCUGGGAAAGCAGACUAAGCAUGAUAGCGCGCCCUCUAUGCCUGGUCUCACAAAGUCGCAGGAUGAAGAAAAGGUAAAAAGCCUGCAGAGAGAGCGAGCUCAUGGGUUAUCAAUGUCGGAGGAAAUUGUUUAAAUUGUUCGUUCUGAAUUCCUAUAUGGAGAAACACUUUAAAUAUUUGCUCUGCAAUGAAAGGAAGGAGUCCUGCCAUGAACAGAGUACUGCAAGUGGAGGUCAUGAACCUUGGGCAUAAUGGAGACCCAAGUUAUUUCUUUAUCCCGACGGCUAUUCUGUGGUAUGAAUACGGGUGUCUGAUUUUACAUGCUAUCUCUGAUUUGAUAUUAUCUUAAUGAUAACCUUGACACAUGAAUUGUAAACACAUUACAAUUAAUCAAAGUGUCAAUCAAUAUAUCAAGGCUAUAAGUAAAACAGUUCAAUAUACCCUCCAGUUUUGCUACACCAAUGGCAAUGUCACUGGACCAACUCUAGAGAUUUUCCAACAUAAAAGAGGAAGAUAAAAACUGCAUUUAGAUAAAUACGGUGACAAAUGGGAUUGGGGUCCAACGUCCCCUCUUUUUUUUUUAUCAACGUCCGUGCCUUUCGUGUCCAUACUUAUAACGUAAAGUAUAACAUGAUGCAUAAACUGCCUAUAGGCCGCAUUUAAGGCUUAAUCAUUGCCCUAGGUAUGAUGCAGAUAUACAGAAAAGAAGUUUGUGCCUUAUAAAACGGUGCCGUUAGAAUGCAAGUGUGUGGUAAUUUAAUGUGUUUUCGUUGUAAGUAUGCGAUUCGAGACAUUUAAACGUGCUUGCAGGUCGGCAAGAGUCAAACUUCUGUUUAGAGGCAAUUUAAUUUGAUUUUUUGUUUUGCUUUCUCAUUUUCUUCUACGUUUAGUUAUUCCACUGUUAGAUCAAGCGAACUCCUUGAUGCCCCCUCUCUUGUAUAUGAUUUUCUACCCAUACUUCAUUUCCACUUAAUCCAUAGGUAACCUAGAACACGAAUUUAUAGUGUAUUGUAAUUCUUAUGAAGCCCUCGGACCUUUUCUACCACUUGGGGUACUGUCAUGUAAUUUCAACGACUUUUAAAUUAGUGCCUUGCCAUUAUGCUUCGACAGUGCAUGAAGAUGAAUAAAAUGUCCUGAGACUUAAACGCUCUUGAAAAAUUUCUUUAAUUUAAUCUUUCAUAGAAUUGAUAUAGAAAGUUUUUUUUUUCAUUGUAAAUAAUUUAUGUAUUCCUUCUCAGAAAUGUGUGUCAUGGCCAGUACUAGAUAAUAAUUAUUGAAAACAAAUCGACACAUACGUUACCUCAGCGAAUGCUUAAUGCAGUUGUAUCCUUUGGGUUAUAUAGAAUAAAUAAUAUAUCAUACGAACAUUACUUGACUACCUAGGAAGCGGAAAAGAAAUGGUUAUAAGUAUAUUAUUAUUCAAAUGAAAGAUUACCUGUGUAUUCGUGUUUGAAUGAAAUAUUUCUAACAGUUCCUGCGUAUCAUGUAUUAAUUAAGACUGAUGAUUAUUUACAUUUUAAGAAAUCACCAGGAGGGGUACAUCUUUUGAAUUGAAAGUUUAUUUAAACAACGUGUUUUUCACACCAUGCAAAACUACUCAGAACCCUACACAGGAAGCAUGGCAUGAACAAAUAUAUGGUUUGUGAAACAAACAUAUUAGUUAAACCUCAAAAUGGGACAUCAUUUGAUUUUAUAGUCAGAUUGUCUAUGUGCAUUCGAUUCGAGACCUCUAAAAUAUUUUCUGUGAAGUUAAAUGUAUAGCUUCUUUGCUACUCUCAGGUAAAUAUGUUGAAUUCGAUUGCAUUCUCAUUUUUUAUACAAAGCAGGGAUUCCGAUGUGUUAAAAGUGUACAUUUUAUUAAAACGAAAUUCUUAGAAGGUAUACAAAUCACAGCUUAAAUGUUUAAUACUAAAUGUCGCGUAAGAUAUCUACUGUAAAUAGCUAUACUUGAACUAACGUGUAUUUACAACCGUUCUUUAGGGUGUGGUGUAGUGAAUUCAUGCGGAAGAUGCAUUUUCUUUUGGAAGUUCGAACAUCAUUUUGAUUUUUUUUUUUUUUUUUUACUGAGCUGCUCCUUGGACCAAAAACACAUUUUCUGCCAUUUUAUAAAAGCUGCAAACUGAUAUUUGUAGGAUGGAUAUACUUUUUACCAAAAUAUAUUUUAGGUCCGCUGCGGUAUCAAUGCAAAUGAAUUUAUUUGAUAGAAUUAGAAAAUGAUAAAUGACAUGAAGUUUUAGCAGCUGAUGAUGUGUACAAAUUCCUUUCGGAUAUAAUGUGUCGUGUCUUAAUUUUUUGUACUUCGAGUUUCGUCUAGUAUCUGUUGUGGUAUGUACAUAAAUAUGUAACUACAAUUUUAUUCUUUAUAUAAAAAGAUAUCUAUAUUAUAUUGACAGUUAGUUUUCAGUAGUAUUCAUCGACAAAAGUGAAACUUGUAUGCAUCAAGUCGAGCUGAAAAUGCGACACACGGACCUAGGCAAUUUAACUGCCUAUUCAUGUAUUCAUAUUUAUACAAUGGAAGAGGUUCAGGGGAAAAAUCUUUAAAAACACAAUUAUCUAUAUGGAAAUAAGUAUAUUAUAUGUUGUAUAUAAUACAAUUAUUUUCAGUUCAUUCUAAAACAAUGUAUUGUAAAUACUUGUCCUAGAAUAAGAUUAUACGAAAUGUGCAAUUUCUAGAUUUGGAAAGAGCCAUAUGAUGUUGAUAUAAAUUAUGAGAUAGGGUGAUUCAUUAAUUGAAUAUAUUAGGUAAACUUCACAUAAUAAAGGAUUACUAAAAAGUAA